AUAUGUAUGGCUGGCGCAGAUGGACAGCAAUAUGUAUAUGGAUAUAUUCCUACAAUAGUUGCAAAGUGUGGAAUGUAUCUUAAAGAACAAGCCACAACAACAGAAGGCAUAUUUCGUUUGAGUGGAUCUGCAAAGCGGAUAAAAGAAUUACAAACGAUUUUUGAUUCGCCACCAUCAUACGGAAAGACAUUAACCUGGGUGGGUUAUUCUGUACAUGAUGCCGCAAAUAUACUGCGAAGAUAUUUAAACCAUUUACCAGAUCCAGUAAUACCACAUCAGUGGUAUGAACAAUUUAGAUCGGUUCAUGGUAAGAGGUCAAUUAAACAAAAAUUUAAAUACGAUACUUGUACCGAUGUUAAUAAAAGGGUACAGCUGUAUCAGAAAUUGAUCGCAAAGCUACCUAAAGAAAACCAGCAUCUACUUCUUUAUAUUCUUGAUCUUCUUGCUGUCUUCUCGUCGAAGUCGGUACAAAAUUUGAUGUCAGCAAAGAAUUUGGCAUCAAUUUUCCAGCCGGGUAUUCUAUCACAUCCUGACCAUGACAUGGCACCCGAAGAAUACAAGUUAUCUCAAGAAGUUUUAGAAUUCCUAAUUGAUUAUCAAAAUUAUUUUUUGAUGCCUGGUGGACAGGAAAAUAACAAGACGACGACAAUUUCAAAUAAUAGGGAAGCUCAAGGAGGAAGUACAAAGCGAGAUAUAAGGUACAAUGGGAAUCAUGGGAUCAAUAGCGUAGGAGCUAGUGGUUCAAUAUCUCUAAAAGAACCGCAUGACCUAAAUAAUCUACCUAUUGCACACUUGUCAUUACGAAGAUCAAGUUUAAGCCUUGAACAUCGAAGUAAAUCGACAGAUUCCAUAACGAUGUUAUCGGAUGUCAAUAAUGAACAAGAUACGAACGAAGAUCUGAAACGACGUCAAGAUCAACAAAAUACUACUUCAACGACUUUAGUCCGUGAAAAUACUACAGGUAGUCUAAAAAGAAGUAAAACAUUGCCAAGUAAGAGACCGAAAUAUGAAGGGGCCCAAAAAAGAAAUGACGGAACCCAAACAACACCUACGACUGGCAGUUCGAACGGUAAUGAUAUUUUCCGUCCAUAG